AUGAUAAACUUGCAAGAACAAAGACCGAAAUAUGUGGGAGAGGACUACUAUCAGGAUACUGUGGCGGUGACAAUGAACGGCAAUACAAUUGAAAUGGUGAAGAUCCUGAUGUUGUUCACAACUAUUGAUUUCUCAAACAACAGUUUCAAAGGAGAGAUUCCAAAUGUAAUCGGUAAGCUUAAGUCAUUGAAGGGGCUUAGCUUUUCUCAUAAUGAGCUUACAUGUACAAUUCCACCCUCGUUUGGCUGUUUGAGCAAUCUUGAAUGCUUAGAUCUCUCUUCAAACAUGCUUGUUGGUGAGAUUCCGAUGCAAUUGACAAGUUUGACAUAUCUUGAAAAGUUCAGCGUUUCAGAGAACCAACUUGUCGGACCCAUACCUCAUGGCAAGCAAUUUGAUACAUUUGAAAAUGAUUCAUACAUUGGGAAUGUAGGAUUGUGUGGAUUUCCACUAGCAAAAACAUGUGGUCCACAUCAAUCACUGCCAUCAUCAUUCCAACAAGAUGGUGAUUUGGAGCACGAGAAUGGAUUUGAUUGGAAGGUAGUGUUGAUGGGGUAUGCAUCUGGGGUGGUAAUUGGAAUAUCAGUGGGAUAUCUUGUACUCUCUAACAGAACACCCGAUUGGCUUGUGAAAGUGGUUGGCAUAAAGUGA